AAUGGCAGUGUCGCUAUAGAUAAAGAUGCCCAGUUCCUGUUGUGCGUCCGAGGUUCAGCUGCGGAUAAACUUCUUGGGGUCAAAAGAGGCAGAGGCGAUGUAUCUUACUCCAUCUCAAAAUAAAUCUUUCCUAACACACUUUCUCUGGAUCUUGCCAUUGAAUGAUCAGUUACCUUCUUUCAUAUUUAAUGUGCUGCAAAAAGGUGGACACCACAGACCACGGCACAGUGGAUGCUGAAGCUAUGUUCAAGACAGAGAUGGACCAGGUGAUGUCUCUUCCAGAUCCAAUGGCCAGCGUGGAAGCAUAUCUACCUGCCAAUCUUUUGGAUCUUACCCCUGCCAACAACAGUCCAGACCAUUUCUCUUUUAUGCAGUCUGCCAAAAAAGAAAAGCAUCCUUUGUGCUGCGAUGAUGGGAAAACAACUCUCAAACUCUAUGAUGCUUCUCUCUUGACUUCGACUAUCAAGACGGAGCCUAAGAUACGUGGGAGUGUUCAUGUGUCUUGACGUGUCAUCCUCAGUCAAGUCAUGGAUAAUCUCAAGCUCAAGUUGCACAGCUCCGGGUAUGACUCUAUGUUGCAAGGGCUCAACAUGGAAACAGCUUGGAUGCAUGUUGAUCUACCGUCCGGUAACAAACCUGGAGCAGAUUCCAGCACCGUCAUAUUUGGUUCUCCACAACCUUCCCACAAUGAAGCUGAUGAAAGCGCGUGUGAAGCAGUUCUCAACUACUAUUGUAGUGCUAGAGAUGUUGACAUUGAUGACUUCAGUCAUAGUGUGCUGAAAAAGAAGCAGCAAGAGUUAGAGGCAAGCAAUUUCUUCUGUGCUGCCAUGCAGGAUAGAGUGAUGUGUUUGGUGCUAGAACGGGAUGCCGCUCUUGCUGUUCUUCAGAGCCAGAAUCAGAGUGCAGAUGUGAAAUUACAGCCUUUAACAGAAACUUUCAUCAAGAAGAAGCAGGACCAACUUAGCAAUGAUUAUUUCUAUGAGAUCCUGCAAGACAAAGUCAGCAGCCUGCUUCAAGAUCCCCAUGUUCAGAAAGAUUGCUACAGCAGCAUCAUACAGGCUAUGACUACUAUCUGUGAUGACUUUGGCGACCUCCUGUCACUUAAAAAGGUUGAUGAUUGUCAGAGCGUCUCCGAAUUCAACGAGACUGGAUUCAUUUUCAGUGGCAGCAAAACCAAUCCAACUCGCAUUGAUCAACUUGCUUUGGCUCUCUUGAAGAUCCUACACGAUGGGAUCAUCUACGAGACAAAGCACACCACCACUGCAUUCUGUAAGUUGCUGCCCUUAUCUGAAACCGCCUCUCUGCAGCCUUAUGCUCUGCCUGCACAGUUACCUAAUCAACACUCAGUUUAAUUCUACCUGCAGGAGAAGAGAGGUGUUCCAUCCAUUGUAUAUACCCCACCUUCUGGUACCACCUCUAAGUUGCAAUGACGAAGACAGCAGCUGCCUCAGUCCCUACUAAUGGGUUCUUUUGCGUGCUCUAUCACUUAGCAUAACUAACUGUGGUAUAUAGCACUUCCUUUUGCCAAUUGUCUUUACAGACAAUACCAGCACAACAACUGUGCCGAUAUUCUUUUGGGUCGUCCACCGCGAGACACCAAUUACAACAAUCAUCCAAAAUAUCCUUUGAAGUAUAGGUCUGUGUCACCUACACACACAAAGGGCUAGAAACCAGCUUCUGGAUCAUGAGCAGGAUGGUGCACUCGGAGAUCUCACUCAGCUUCUUAAUGCAAGACAGGGAUCGACAAAAACGUACUUACCUCUCCUUGCUGGUUUCUACUUUGUGCGUGUUUAGAGUGCAUGUUUACCUCAUUAUCGUAGCUGUGCCUGUUAGAUUUGCCUAGGAACUUCUGACAAAUAUCACUGUCAUCAUCCAAACUGGGCUUGAGUUUUAUAUGCACGACUAUUUCUAUUCGAGUAUUGUGGCCGUGUGAAGUGUUGC